CUGAAAAUAGCACACACAUUAUAAUUAUUCCAUAUAAAGCAUCUAACAUGAAGACUCUCUCAUUAGUAUUGUCACCUUGCAUAGCUCAAAGUUUAAAGCACAAAGUAAGGUUCCUCACACAGUCUGAAAGCAUUGCCCUGACAAAAGGAAGACCAUUACCUUUCUCCUCUCUCCCAGGUCCUGUAGAUUUGCCUGGUAUUGGAAGCCUGUUAAAUGUAAUUUGGAAUGGAGGACUACAAAAUCAACAUGAAAUUAUGUAUAAAUACCAUCAAAAAUUUGGAGGGAUUUUUAAGAUGAAUCUUGGAUUUUUUAAGUCAGUACAAAUUGGAGACCCAGCUCUCCUGGAAUCAUUUCUAAGACAUGAAUGCAUUCAUCCCAAAAGGAUGGAGAUCAAACCAUGGAAAAUGUAUAGAGAACACAGAGGAGAAGCUUAUGGUCUCCUUACACUCGAAGGUGAAGAGUGGUUGAACAUGAGAAGAAUAGCACAAGAAAAGUUGAUGAAAAUCAAGGAGGUAGCGAAAAUGGAUGUGAAAAUUAAUGAGGUACUUAAAGAUUUUAUUCCACACGUCAGCCGAAUAUGUGAUGAAGAUGGCAAAAUUGAUGAUUUGUAUUUUGAACUUAACAAACUUGCAUAUGAAACAAUAUGCUCUGUUCUCUAUAAUGAAAGAUGCGGACUUCUCCAAGAGGCAUGUACAGAGGAUGCGUUGUUAUUCAUACAGUCAGUGAAAAAGAUGAUGCACUAUUUAGGCCCACUCAUUGUAACCUCGGCAAAUCUUCAUAAACAAUUUAAUACAAAAACAUGGAAAAGUCAUACUGAAGCCUGGGACAAUAUAUUUGCAGCAGUAAGGAAUUCUAUUGACAAGGGCCUAAAACCUGCCUUUGACCAGAGGAAUGAUUUACUGAAUGCAAUUCAUUCUGAACGGUCGCUUACGAAGAAACAGCUGUCUGGUCUUUUCACUGAACUUCAAAUUGGAGGUGUUGAAACUACAGCAAAUUCUUUAUUGUGGUUGAUAUUCAACAUAUCAAGACAUGAUGAUGUGCAGGGGAAGCUUCUCGAGGAAAUUCAGAUGGUUUUAUCACCAGGAGAAUCCCCAUCUACCGAUCAUUUACAAAAGAUGCCUUAUUUAAAAUCAUGUAUUAAGGAAUCAAUGAGAGUCACACCUACAGUGCCCUUUACAAGUCGUACGCUAGAUGAAGACACAAAUCUUGGAGGUUAUUUAAUUCCACGAGGUACUAUUGCAAUGAUUAACUUUCAUUCAAUGAUGUGGAAGGAUGACUACUUUACUGAUGCCCAACUGUACAAACCUGAAAGGUGGAUGAAGCCAAGAUCCACAAUAAAUCCAUUUGCAAAUACACCUUUCGGUAUUGGAAAAAGAAUGUGCGUAGGACGACGCCUGGCAGAGUUACAGCUUCAGCUGACUCUAUGUUGGAUUUUACAGAACUUUAAAAUAAGUGCCACAGAUAUGAAACCGGUGAAAGCCAUUGCCUCAGGAUUGAUGAUUCCCACACGGAAACUUCCUGUAGCUUUCAAAAAACGAUAGGCACCUGCCGAACUCUAUCAUGUGCCUUUGUACCAGGGGUUAACUGCUGCUGUCUUGCAUCUUCCGUUGUCUGGACAAUGCAAAUGUAUUGUUAAUGUUGAGGUCCUAUUUGCUGUGGAUUAUUUGUUUUAUCUAGUUUUGUUUUAUUUAAUUUUUUUCAUUUUUUUUACAAACAUUUAAUUUAGUUUUGUCUUGUAUUGACAUAAGUCCAUAAACUAAUAAUGUGUCCUCUCUUAAAGGGGUACUCCACCCUAAGACAUCUUAUCCCCUAUCCAAAGUAAAGUUGUAUGGUGUGAGAUUACCAGCUAAAAACAUCAAUCUAACAUAACAUUUGUGCCACUCUGUAUUAAAAGAGUACUCCACUGCCCCAGCAUUCUGAAUAUUUUGUUUUCUUUCUUGAUUCUCUUUCCAAAAAAAGAAUAUUCUCUUUCCAAAGCAUAGGGGAUAAAUUAUAGAUCGCAGGAGGUCCGACUGCUGGGACCCCCGCAAUCUCCUGAAUGGGGUCCCGGCAGUGUGCUGGAAGGGGACGUGCCGACCCCAUACAGAGCGGCGGCCAACACGCCCCCUCCAUGUAUCCCAUAGAGAUACAUGGUGGGGGUGUGUUGGCCGCGGCUUCCUGUGGUGGUCGGAACGGCCGCUUCCAUCAGAUUGCCGUGGCUCCAUUAAAGAGAUUGCAGGGUCCCAGAGGUCAGACCUCCUGCAAUCUUUCACUACACUACUCCUUUAACAUGUACUGUAUAUGUUGUGUUUCUCUGUAUGUAAUUGUAUAAAUGAAGCAUUUUGAGUGUCCUAUUAGUCCUAAUAUUGGGUUAAAUUGGAGAAAUUAAAUUAAUUAAUCAAAUUAGACAUUAGUUAAAAGUGGACACAUAUGUAGCAAUAUAUCACAUUAUUUAACAAGUCAAUUUAAUGCUUUGAGAUUUUUGUACAUUAUAAGGGCACGUGCACACAGGUAAAAGCUGUGCCCAGGUGAAGGCAGGGAAGCCCUGAAAUUCCCAUUUAUUACAAUAUGGGUCCAAAGCAGAACCAGUCAUAAACAGUCUCCCCAUCUCCAUUUAAUUCAAUAGGAACAAGAUUUAGUAAGGUGACACUGUAUAGUUUUUGAUGUGUAAUUUACUGCAGUACAGCUUCUUUGUCAAAAACCCCACAUUUACAAGCCGUGUGAACAUGCCCUUAGCUAUAACAGUAAAUGUAUGUGAUAUAAUACUGACAAUAAAAAAUAUAGAAGCAUAACAUUUUGUAAUUCACACUAACAUCAGCCAGUACGCUACAGUAUAUUGGUUAACAGAAAAAAAUAUUUGAAUUAUUGAGACACAAACCAGUUGAAAAGUGCUGCUUGUACCGAUUGAAUUUAUGUAUUGAGCUAUGUACCUUUUAUAUUUAUGGUACUCUUGCUAUUCUUUAUUUUUCACAAAUAAAAACAUUGAAACAGAAAAGUGCUGCUUGUUGAAGUAAUAAACCACAGAAUAAAAUCAAAGGUUGCUAAGUUAUCUUUUUUUCUAUAGAGCAUUAGGUUGAGCAGAAUGAUAAAUCAUUUUAAAGAAAGAUUUGUGUUUUUGCCUUGUACAAUGCUUGUGUAAGAUGAGAUGUGUUUGUCUUCUAAUCUUACAGACCUUUCUUGUAUCCUCCAGAAUAAUCUACUUUGUUUUGAGCUGUAGAAAUAAAUGUAAAGUAAAUGUUAGAAAGCAAGCAGUAACUUGUUAAAGCACAUUUUUUAAAGAAAAGAAAAAAAAAAGGCAAAUAAAACU